AUGUUCACCCGGACAUACGGAACACUUUAUCAGUCAAAUGCGCAGAUCUUUGAUAAAUUUUUCGACGAUUUGCAAGAGUUCUACGCAGGACAAAAGUAUAUUUCCCUAAAACCCAUCUUAGAUCGAUUUUUCUUAGAUCUCUUCCGAACUUUGCUGCUUAUUCUUAAUCCAACGUAUGAAAUUAAAGAGGAUAACUCUAACUGUUCGAAAAAUUCUUUUGCAUUACAAGCAUUCGGUGACAUACCGUUGAAGAUGAUUCGACAGCUUGAGAGAAGUCUAAGAGCUGCGAGAUCACUAACUCAUGCCCUAAAGUCAUCAUCUGAUAUUCUUCAGAAUAUCAUACAGAAAGAAUUGCCAAGCGAUUGUCAAAUUACAGCAACUCAAAUGAAAUAUUGUGCUCAUUGCUUGCCGACAGCUGAAAGGAUUACAUUUAGCAAAUCAUUGAAACCAUGUCAAAUGUACUGUUUCAAUACAAUAAACAAAUGCUUCGCCGAUUAUAUCGUCAUCGAGAACACGUGGCAGCAAUUUAUUGAAACUUUAACAAAGUUGGCGACACGUCUACGUGGGCCACAUAACGUGAUGGCUGUCCUGAUUUCACUUGCGGUGCAAAUCUCUGAAAGCAUUAUGGUAUUUCAGGAAAAAAUUCCAGCAAUAUCUUCCAAGAUUGCACGUAAAUGUCUACGGAAAGAUAGCGAACAGUCAUUAAAACACGAGACUGCGACAUUCAAAACAUCACCGGAACCAUUACCUGAUUUUUCUUCUGCCCUAACAAAUGCUCAAUCACAAUUGCUUGCUUCGUUUAUCGGAAAGCUAGAAGAAUUUCGAGGAUUCUGGAAAAUUGGUCCACAACUUUCAUGUAUCAAUUCCACCUGGUCAGCUGCAACAAGUGAUGACACUUGUUGGGAUGGUACAAAAAUAGUGAAUGAUUUGAAGACUGUGAAUGAAAUAUUCGAUGGUGGCGUAUUCUUGACUGAGAGAUUGAAAUUGCUUAUGCUUUCGAAUCGAUUGUUGGAUAGUUAUGAAGGAAGAUGGCUAUAUAAUGAAAGCAUUGAUGUUGAUGUCGAAGCGAGCGGUGACAGCAAUUCAUACCUUUCCAUUGAUGAUGAAGAUGGGGAUGAAUUUCGGGAUGAGGGAAGCGGUUUUGAUGAAAAUCAAGCCGCAGUGGUAGUCGACGUUGCAGGUUCUCAUCGAGAUAACAUAGAACCAUUAGCUACCGAAGAAUUUGAUUUGCAAAGUAGCAGCAUAAACGCCUCUGAACCAAACGUCACGUUACAAGUGCCAGAUGUCGAGACUGCAAAAACUUCUCGGAAGAUAUUUUCUUGCAUAUUAUAUUUCAUGAUUAUCUUCCAUAUUUUAUAG